UAUAAGAUCCGUUUCAGUUGCAUUUCAUUAAAUAGUUGCAUUUUGUGUUUUUCCGAGACAGGGGAAAGGAUUAAAAAAAUCUCCAAAUAUGUUGGUGAAAUGCAGUUGGCUUUUGGUGUUGAUCCUGUCAUUGCUGGCGGGAGCCUUUGCCAGUAGCUGUCCCUCGGGCUUCAAUCCCGAGAACAAUCGAUGUGUCCAGGAGCGACCCAUCCAUGGAACCUGCCCGCCCGGCUCCUCCUAUGCCCUCAGCAUCAACAAGUGCGUUCAUUCGUAAUGAAUUUUCAAUAUAAAUGUUUAAAGAAAUGUUAAAAAAAAUAUAAAUAAAUAAAUUGUGGUACUGAAAGUAUGAAUACAGUAAAAGGAAAAUAUGGUGGCAAAUUAA